UUGCCAUUGUUUUGGUUAUCGGUGGCAAUGUUGUGCCAAAGAUGUUUUUGUUCGCAAUUUAGAAAGAUGUCCAUAAAAGCUGCACUUAUAGAUCUGAGCGGUACUCUGCAUAUAGACGAUGAUCCAACACCGAAUGCUGUUGAUGCCCUGCAGAGAUUGCGAGACAGCGGAGUGUCCGUUAAGUUUGUGACCAACACGACAAAGGAUUCAAAAAAGACACUCCAUGAGAGGCUUAUCAAAAUUGGCUUUAAAUUGGAAGCAACUGAAAUAUACAGCUCACUAAGCGCAGCUGUUGCAUUCGUAGCGAAUGAGAAAUUGAAUCCCUUCUAUUUGCUGACAGAUGAUGCACGCCAAGAUUUCCCAGAGGAAAACAAAAACCAAGCACUGGAUUCGGUUGUGGUGGGUCUGGCGCCCGAAGCAUUCAACUACGAGCACAUGAACAAGGCAUUCAACAUCCUCUUGCAGCAAAAUUCACACAAAUUGGUUGCAGUGCAUCAAGGAAAAUACUACAAGCGGUCAGAUGGCCUGGCAUUGGGACCUGGUUGCUUUGUCAAGGGCUUGGAGUAUGCAACCGGGUCAGCGGCCACUUUAAUAGGCAAACCAAAUCCGUAUUUCUUUCAAAGCGCUUUGCCUGAAGGUCUGAAUGCUGAGCAAUGUGUGAUGAUUGGUGAUGAUGCCAAUGAUGACAUUGCCGGAGCCAUGAAUGUGGGUCUUCAGGGCAUUCUUGUCAAGACCGGCAAGUUCCUGCCCGAGGCCCUGGCGGGAAUCACAACACCACCCACUGCAGUUGUGGAGAACUUUGCCGAGGCUGUCGACUGGAUAUUGUGCAAAAGAAAUGCUGCCUAAUGUUAUUUAAUCAAGAUAUUCAUUAUAUAUCUAUAACUGUGCAAUCAAAAACUCAAAGCUAUUUACAAAUGUU